GUGACACUGUCGUCGUUUUGUUAUUUUCUCCAUUUCGUUUUAUUUGAAUCUAUAAAGUGAGUUUCAAUUCAGGAUUUGCCAUUCAGAUAGCAAAGUACUUGGCAAUACACAAUUCGUGAUUUUAACGAGCACUACUGCUUAGAAUGUCUUCCAAGGUUUCAUUACUUUUAAAACCUGUUAAGGUAUUUGUGCAAUCUUCAAGAAACAUCAAUUGCUGGAUAGCUGCAAUCACACGACCUCAUAGAAAAAUUUACCUCAACACAUACCCAACAAUAAUGCAACUUCCAGAUGGUAGCACGAUAAAUAUACCAUACCAUUGUCCUAUUGGAGUCAUUAAGCUGCCACUGGACCUGUCAACUUUGACAGAAGAACAGAAAAAAGCGAGAUUGAUGAAAAGAAUACCUAAAACCACAGUUAAAAUUCAAGAGGACAUUGAAGAUGACUUCGAUAGUAGUCGUUAUGUCAAAUAUACCAAAAAAAAAUAAAUUCCCUAUAUGUGUUACCAUUGUCUCAUGAAUGCAAUAGAGAAACACUUAUAAAAAACAUCUCGCCAGUAAGUGAACAAACAAUUAAUUUUUGUAAAUACGCUUCACACAAUUAUAGUUGAAAUCAUGAGGUUUC